AUGGACAACAAAAUUGUAGAGAAAAAUUGUAAUAACCCAACCAUUUCUGUAGUCGAUGUGUUAACUCCGUGUAAUGCACAAGUCACAUCUACUAAUAGUAAUACAUGUGUCAGUACCAUGAUUGAUCCAGACAUAUCUGAAGUAGUAUCAACACCUUGUGUAAGUAACGAUACUAACAUUAUAAUAUAUAAUUCGUCAGAUGUUGGAGAUUUUAUUAAUAUUCAUCCAAUACCAGAAGAUAAAAAGUACAGUCUACUAACUAAUCCAUACAAACCAACUAUAAAUUAUAAUUUUAAAAAUGACAUUGCAUCAAAUUCCAAACGUGCAUUUAAUUUGAAGUACUUAGAAAUGUAUGAUUGGAUGAUUUAUUCACCUAAACAUAAAGGGGUUUUUUGUAAAUUUUGUGUUUUGUUCAAAGCUAAUGUACACAGAGGUAAACAAGGUUCUUUUAUUAUUACACCAUUCACAAAAUUUUAUCAGAUAAUUGAAGAGUCAAAAAAACAUGAAAAAACACAGUGGCAUAAUGAUUCAAAAGUUACAGCAAAAUUAUUUUUAGACAGUAUGAAUUCAAAAAAAAUAAAUGUUAUUGAGCAAAUUAAUGCUACAGUACACAAAGAAGUUGAAAAUAAUAGAAAAAAAUUAAGACCAAUUAUAAAAUCAAUAUUGUUUUGUGGACAACAUGACAUUGCCCUUAGAGGAAGCACUGCUGAUAGAGGUAAUUUUGUUGAUUUAUUAAAAUUUCGAGUUGAUUCAGGUGAUAAUAUUUUAUCGAACCAUUUUGACACGGCCUCUGGGAAAUCCAAAUAUAUAUCACAUAGAAUUCAAAAUGAAAUUAUUCAAAUUUGUGGUCAAGUAAUUCGUAAUGAUAUUGUAUCCCAAGUCAAUAAUUCAGUUGCAUUUUCUUUACUGGCUGAUGAAACAGCAGAUAUUGCAGGAAAAGAACAUUUAUCUAUUGGUGUAAGAUAUAUUGAUAUUAAUUAUGUAGUGCAUGAGGAAUUUAUUGGAUUUAGUGAAAUACAUAUUUUAAAUGCAGAAGGUGUAUCAAGAAGUAUAUUAGAAUCGACAGAAAAAUAUGGUUUAAAUAUGUUGAAACUUGUUGGCUUAGGAUUUGAUGGUUGUUCAACCAUGAGUGGCAAAGAAAAUGGUGUACAGGCAAUUAUCCGAAAAAUAUAUCCAACUGCUUGUUAUUUUCAUUGUGCUUCACAUAAACUCAAUUUAGUAGUUAACGAUCAAAAUUCAAUUCCUGAAAUCAGAAAUACUAUUGGUACUGUAAAGGAAAUAAUUAAGUUUUUUAGAGAAAGUAUUUUGAGAAGAAAACUUAUUCCAAAUAUUCCAUUAUUUUGUGAGACACGUUGGUCAGAAAAGUACAAAUGUAUACAGUUAUUUGAUAACAAUUUUAUUGAAAUUAAAAAUGUUCUUGAAAAGUUAUCUAUUAGUUCAGAAGCAAAUACUGUUACAAGAAAUUGUGCGUUCCAACUUUCAUCAGCCACAUCAAAUAGUACUUUUUUGAUUAGUUUAAAAGUAAUUGCUUAUUACUCUUCUGUUCUAGAACCAGUUGUGACCAAAUUACAAGGUACAAGUGUUAAUCUUCAUUCUGUUCAUAAAUUUGUUAAAACAGAACUUCUUGGCAUAUUGAAUAAACAUAGAGAAAACAGCUUAGAGUAUUUUAAUACAAUUUUUGAGGAAAUCACUGAAGCAGCAAAUAGCUUAGAUUUUGUACUUAAAAUACCUCGAAGAACAAAUCAUCAGAGUCAACGAUCAAAUCAUAAUUGUUCAUCAAAUGAUUCUAUCAAAGAUUAUUACAGAGUAUUCAUAUAUAUACCAUAUUUAGACUCUAUUAUUAGUUCGUUAAAUAAUAGAUUUAAUGAAAACAAUGAGACUCCAUUUAAAUUAUGUUGGUUGCUUCCAAAUGAAAUGAUUAAACUACAAAAAAAUGAAUAUUUGAACAUACUUCAAGAUAUUGAAAAUCAUUUUAAAAUACCUAAUAUAAAAGUUAAUGGUUUAAUUUGGUAUGAUUAUUGGCAAUUAAAAUCACAAUCAUUUAUAAAUGAUACAAUGGAAGAUUAUAAAAAAUUAUUGGUGGAGUGUGAAUUUUUUCCUGCCGUCAAGAAAUGUAUAAUGAUCUAUAUUACAUUACCACCUACAACAUGCACUGUAGAACGAUCAUUUAGUACGUUACGAAGAGUAAAAACAUGGACGAGAUCUACAAUGAGUGAAGAUAGACUUGACGGGUUAUGUAUGAUAAGUAUACACAGGGAAAAAAUUAAUGAUAAAAAGAAUGAAUAUAUAGAAGAAUUUGAUUUACAUAAUAUAAUGUAA